AUGUCAGACGAACAAUUCAACACAGACAUCAUCACCUUGUCGAGAUUCAUUUUGACCGAGCAGGAAAGAGUCAGCCCAGCCGCCACUGGUGAGCUCUCUCUUUUGUUGAACUCGUUGCAGUUUGCCUUUAAAUUCAUUGCACACACCAUCAGAAGAGCCGAGUUGAUUAACUUGGUCGGUUUGGCCGGUGCCCAGAACUCUACCGGCGAUGACCAGAAGAAGUUGGAUGUCAUUGGUGACGAGAUCUUCAUCAACGCCAUGAAGGCUUCCGGCAACGUCAAGGUUCUCGUUUCCGAGGAACAAGAAGACUUGAUUGUCUUUGAAAACAGCAACGGCAGAUAUGCUGUUUGUAACGACCCUAUCGAUGGGUCUUCCAAUUUGGACGCCGGUGUCUCUGUCGGUACCAUCUUCGGUAUCUACCGUUUGGACGCCAACUCUUCCGGUUCCAUCAAGGACGUCUUGAGAGCCGGUACCGAGAUGGUCUGUGCCGGUUACACCAUGUACGGUGCCUCCACCCACUUGGUUUUGACCUCCGGCCAUGGUGUUAACGGAUUCACUUUGGACACCCAGUUGGGCGAGUUCAUCUUGACCCAGCCAAAGUUGACCAUUCCACAUACCAGAGCCAUUUACUCUGUCAAUGAGGGUAACUCCUACUACUGGAGCGAAAAGGUUGUUCAGUACAUUGAGUCCUUGAAGAAGCCACAACCGGAGAACAACAAGCCAUACUCCGCCAGGUACAUUGGUUCCAUGGUUGCAGACAUCCACAGAACCUUAUUAUACGGUGGUAUUUUCGGCUACCCAGCUGACUCCAAGUCCAAGAACGGGAAGUUGAGAAUCUUAUACGAGUGCUUCCCAAUGGCCUUCUUGUUGGAGCAGGCUGGCGGUAUGGCCGUCAACGACAAGGGUGAGAGAAUCUUGGAAAUCGUGCCAAAGGCUAUCCACGAUAGAUCUGGUAUCUGGUUGGGUUCCAAGGGUGAAGUUGAAAAGUUGUUGAACUUUGUCCACGGUCAGUAA